GAGGGUGAAAGCGGCGUAUGGCAUUUUUCCGUGAUAGAUAUAGGGGUGAUGAGAAGAAUCGAGAUAAGAUCAAGGCAAAUCUCGAGUUGGUGGAGGGAUUUGAGGCUGCAUCAAAGGAGGCUGCAACUGUGUAUAUGUCGCAGCAGGAGGAACAAUCUGAGCCGGACCCUCACAUGCUUUCUGCAGAGGACAACAUUACUCUCACACAGCAUUUGAUGGGUCAUAAUAGGAGAGGGAGAUAUCCUCUGCAUGGUGUUGGAGCUUCACCCGGCGUAAGCAUGAGGUCAUCCACAGCAUCCUCCACAGCAUUUACAUCCAUGAGAGCAGCCCCGCCUCGGUUCCAGGCUAUGCCAUUUGUCGCACGUAUCUCUGCAUAUUUGCUUGACAAGAUUGACUCGGAGCUACAUAUCCAGGUGACUAAUGAGAUGACAAGAGUUGCGCUGACGGCGAACUCGAUGGAUGAUCUCCUGGGGUAUGUCAUGCAAUAUUUAAGCGGUGCGAUUCCUCAUAGCGCGUAUGGUGGUGUUAUACGGAUUAUAAGCUCGCUUGGCGAUAAUUCCGGUGCUGGUCAGAGCAGCACUCAGAGUGGAGAUAUUGGAGGGAGCAGCACACGUUCUCGUAACCAGGAUAGAGAUACUGCCGACGACGACGACCGAUGAGGUUUAUGAGGUUUUUUGUGGAUUUUUAAUGCAAUGAACAGCUUUAUCUGUUAUAACAAUACUUAUAUGCGUGUUGGAUGUUAUAACAAUACUUAUAUGCGUGUUGGAUGUUAUAACAAUACUUAUAUGCGUGUUGGAUUUGUUUA